AGGUAACGGAGAGGCGGCCUCGGCUGUCGAUUGAGCGGGUCUGAGUGAGGUUCUCACUGGGUUUGCGCGUCGUCCGUCCGCUCUCGGACGCUGUCAUGGCGGGUGUGCUGAAGAAGACCACUGGCCUUGUGGGAUUGGCUGUGUGUGAGACUCCACAAGAGAGGCUGAAAAUAUUGUACACGAAGAUUCUUGAUGUUCUUGGUCAAAUCCCUAAAAACGCUGCAUAUAGAAAAUAUACAGAACAGAUUGCAAGUGAGAGGCUGGCUGUGGUGGAAGCAGAAUCAAAUGUUAAAAAAUUAGAAGACCAACUUCAGCUUGGCCAAAUAGAGGAGGUGAUUCUUCAGGCUGAAAAUGAACUAAGUCUGGCAAGGAAGAUGAUAAAGUGGAAACCAUGGGAACCAUUAGUGGAAGAGCCUCCUGCCAACCAGUGGAAAUGGCCAAUAUAAUCCUCAUUUACUGUGUGAUGGGUUGAUGGGAAACUGCUGCCAUUAAAUGUUCUGUUAUAUUAAAAA